GUCCUAUCAUCAGCAUUAUAGACCGACGACGUUGUUACGUACCUAGUUAAGGUACCAAUGCCACCAACAUGGCGACAACGAGCUCCACAGCAUCGUCCGAGCCACCGUCACCGACGGAACUCACAGUGAGUGCGAGUGCAGUCACCGCUACAGCGUCGACGACGUCUGUUGCCCCGGAUGCUCAGACGACGACGACCACGACCGAGAACCAGUUCCGCAUACCCAGCUAUGCCUCCUUCCCACCCUUCUACACACUCCAGCCCAAUUUGACGACACGCGCACGCCAGCUCGAGCUGUGGGCCACCCUGAUCACGGGAUAUUGUGCGCACCACCGUCUCUUCCGCCUGUCGCUCUCAUCGCCGCCGGCCGAUCUCUUCCACAACUCGACCAUUGCACGCAGCCUCAAGACCGCCGAUAUUCGCGCUGUCCUCGACUACAUGAGCCAACCUGCCAACGGGCCGGCCGCAGAGUGGAUUCCCCCAACCGCGCGUGGUGAGACUAGCACGACCUGCUACAUCUACUGGAAGACGCCGGCCGAGUGGGCCGAUCUGAUAUACUCCUUCGUCGAAGACACUGGCCAAAAGGGCGCUGUCUUGACUGUCUACGAGCUGCGGGAAGGCGAAGCAAGUCUAGGCAAAGAGUGGAGAGACAUAGACGAGGCCCUCCUGCGAAAGGUGCUGAACGUGCUGGUGAAACGGGGCAAAGCGCAGAUCUUUGGGCAGGAAGAGAGUGCGGGCGUGAAGUUCUUUUGAGUUAAUCACAUGGCAGAACUUCCUGUCAGGGAAAACAGAGGUGAUCAUGGACCUAGUGGGAAGCGGCGAAGCAGGAAGUCAAGUACGGACGAAACUGCCAAACCCAGGCCUAAGCGUUCUCGUGUAGCUCCCACAUCCAGCAAUGAUGCCGAUCAGCACGAUGGGGCGCAGAAUUUGGAUGGAAGAUCGGGCAAGCUACGAGCGACCGUAUAUGAUGCGGUUGCCGGCAGGGUGGGCUACGAAGGCUUACUGCUUGAUAAAGGAGGCAAUCCACUGCCCCCGGACCAAGUCCUGUACAACAAAGCGGAUGCACCUAUUCGAUUCGCAGAGAACGAUGACUACUUCGCGCACCGUUGCCUACCUCCUGAUCAGCGACUGCCGGACUCGGAUUUGCUCAAAGCCAUUCAUGCGUAUGCAUCCGAUUUCUAUGACUCGGGAGCCCUAGGACAAACUCGAAAUGACUUCCGCAGCCUCGAUGAGACUGCGCUUAUAGCGAUGGGUAUCCUGAUUGAGGAAGCUGUCGCUGCAUCUCUCGGCAGCACAGGCGAUUUGGCCUUCGUGGAAGACGCAAAGCACGAAAGCAUCCCUUGAGCUUCCAUCUUCUUUGCUGAAAUGCAGUGAAGGCCUUUUUUCCACAGGGACUCUGAGUCCGCUGACUCUCCAAAUCUACGAGCAACGCUGCAUCAAACGAAUGUCUGCAUGAUGCAAGAUUCUUCGUAGUCACAACAUUUCAUUGCGCCUGAUGCAUUCAAAGGUCUGCAUGCAGAAGGGGAGUCACAGGGCACAUUGGUGGACCAAAUAAGCUGAAUUGCGCUUACAUCCACGUCUGUUGUGGCAUGACGGUAGAGAAUGCCGUAAAACGAGAGGGAGUCGUAGAUCCGCUAGGCUCAAGCGUGAGCAGUAAGUAGGUUGUAGAGUCGUUGCUCAAGCAUUGUCAGUAAUUCCAGCUGGGAGACAUAUGAGUUGGUACUCGAUUCAAAUAGCAUGCAUUUUAC